UCAGAAAAGGGAAAAAAAAAAAUAAUAAUAUUAAUACACUUAUUUUUAUUAAUAAGUUAUUAUUAUCAUAUACGAAUGAAAUAUGCAGUAUCACAAAGACUUUUAACUUUUAUAUUAUAAUAAAAGUAUUGAAAAGUUUGAAAUAUGAGUCGAUGUGAUUUUAAAAUUGUUCUUCUGGGUAGUGAACAUGUCGGAAAGACUAGUUUAGUGUUAAGAUUUGUUAACUGUAGAUUUAAUUCUGGCACUCCAUACCAAAACACUAUCGGUGCAGCUUUCUGUGCUAAACAGAUGCAGUCAAACGAUAAAGAAUUCAAUGUUGGUAUUUGGGAUACAGCUGGCAGCGAAAGAUACGAAGCUAUGACUCGUAUGUACUACAGAGGGGCUCAUGCAGCUAUCAUCUGCUAUGAGCCUUCAUCCCAAGCGUCGUGGACGAGGUUACGUCACUGGUUGCAAGAAUUGAGAACGGUUGAAGAGGACUGUAAAGUGUAUCUAUGCGGCACAAAGAAGGACCUCCUGGAUGCUGGCGUUGUGCAGCGUGAGGUCCCAGACGAUAUAAUCGCGACGUAUUCCCAAGGCUUGUGUGGGCAUUACCUGACAUCGAGCAAGACCGGGGAGAAUGUUGAUGAACUCUUUCAGAAGAUAGUUGACGACUGUGCAGCAGAUUUAAGAGUAAUGAAGAACAUUGAAGAAGCAAGGGUGCACUUGCAGAAAGAAGAAAAUACUAAAAAUAAGAAUUACUGUUUCUGCUGAGAAAUGUAUAAAUAACUAAUAGAGAAAGAAAUCUAAAAAAUCUGGUACCACUAACCAUUCUAACAAAAAUUAAUACUCUUUAAAUGGUGAGUGAGCCAGUGUAAUUACUGGCACUUUGUAUGUAACAUUGGAAAUUCCAAUGGAAGCAUAGAUUUACACAUUCCACUCUAUUCUAUAAUAGGUCUGCAGUAUUAUACUCUACAAAAGUUCUUGAUUAAUAUAUCAUUAUAUAUAACACACAGCCGAGCCCAGUGGUAAGAACGCGUGAAACUUAGCCGAUGAUCGUGGGUUCAAACCGGGCAAGCACCACUGAAUUAUCAUGUGCUUAAUUUGUGAUUAUAAUUCAUCUUGUGCUUAACGGUUAAGGAAAACAUCGUCAGGAAACCUACAUGUGUCUAAUUUCAUCGAAAUUCUGCCACAUGUGUAUUCCACCAAGACGCACUGGAGCAGCGUGGUGGAAUAAGCUCCAAACCUUCUCCUCAAAAAGGGAGAGGAGGCCUUAGCCCAGCACGGGCUGUUACUGUAUAUAUAACACAACACUGUUACUCAACUUAUAUACACUUUAGUUUUACUUACCUAACACAUCAUACAAAACGCCAAUUUUUUAAAUACCACAGAUAAUUAAUUUCUCGACCAAUGAUAUGUCAAUACAAGGUCAAACUUAUUUAUUUAUCAUUUCUCAUACCAUUGGAAUAGACUAUAUAAGGAAUGGUUUAUAUAACAAUGCCAAUGUAUAAAGGGUAGGUAUCACACAUAUGUCACAUACGUGAGCCCACCUUCCUGUAUACAUGAAAAAAAUAUUUCACUGACCGAGCUUACUUGUAUUUAUAUAGAUGCGAAAGUAUGUUUGUUUGUUACGCUUUCACUUCUUAACUAUUAACCGAUGAUAAUGAAAUUUUGUGUGCACGUUGUCAUCGGUUCUGUGUGUCUAUUGCGUGUUUUUUUUAUUUCUACUUAAUCGAUAGAGUUGACGUUUGGCUGUGUUUUAUAUAGAAUAAAAACAGCGCCAUCUAGUGACAAUAAUCGGAAUUCGAUACAAAUCAACUCGAACUAGGCACAUAGAAAAGGACGAAGGGGUAUGUAAUCGCCCCUCCCCACAAACAGAGACGAAGCCGCGUGCAAAAAUUAGUAUUCAAUAAAGAAUGCCAAAUAUAAACCAAUUUAAGAACGAAAAAAAGUCUAGAAGAUUCGACGAAAGAAACUCAGUGGGAUUAUUAUAUAUACUAUUAGAAAUAAAGAUAGAAAAACGUUUUUAAAAAGAGAUAAAUCGAUACAACUACUUUUACUGGUGGUAGGGCUUUGUGCGAGCUCGUCUGGGUAGGUACCACCCACUCAUUGGAUAUUCUACCGCAAAACUGCAGUACUUGGCAUUGAUGUAUUCCAGUUUGAAGGGUGAGCGAUCCAGUGUAAUUACAGGCACAAGGCACAUAACAUCUUAGUUCUCAAGGUUGGUGGCGCAUUGGUGAUGUAAGCGGUGGUUAACAUUUCUUACAAUGCCAAUGUCUAUGGGCGUUGGUGACCACUUAUCAUCAGGACGAGCAUAUGGGCCACCUGAUAGUAAGUGGUCACCAACGCCCAUAGACAUUGGCAUUGUAAGAAAUGUUAACCACCGCUUACAUCACCAACGCGCAUCCAACCUUAGGAACUAAGACGCUGUCUCUUGUACCUGUAAUUACACUGGCUCACUCACCCUUCAAACCGAAACACAACAAUACCAAGCAUUGUUAUUUUUCGGUAGAAUAUCUGAUGAUUGGGUGGUACCUACACAGACGAGCUUGCACAAAGCUCUACCACCAGUAAAGGACCAUAAUCAGAUAUGAAGCAAGUUUGAACCCCAAAAAAGGACAUGGGCUUAUAUGUAUAUAAGUAUAUGUACAUAACAUGUCCACCCCGACGCCAUAUAUAUAAUGUUAAUGAUAAAUAUAUAAAAUAAUUUUAUAUUUAGUAAUAACAUUUGUAUGAAAUA